CGAACGGACGUCGGGAUUUACUGAAACUGUCAUAAAACAUAUUAAAAUGUGUAGAAGUUGUCCUAUUAAGAACGUAAGAACGGAGAGAGGCUUUGUAACUGAAAGUCUAAUCGUACGAUACAAAUAUUACAGUGCUCCUAAUUUCCCCAACUGUUUUGCUCAAUGCCAUUGCUCGCCAACUCCCAAUUGUAUUCCGGCGCCGUCAUUGAAACGAUAACAGGCCUGCUAACGCCAAAUAAUGCUGAAGAGAAAAAGAAUGAGAAAAGA